AACUUGAGUUGGAAUAUAUUCAUAAGUUAAUUAAAAUUCCCUCACUUUAAAUGCUUAAGUUAUUCUAAUGAACGUAUCAUUGAAUGUACCGGUUCAGCGCCGUUAACAUGUGGCUCGUUAUAUAUAUAUUUAUUAUUAUACUUAAAACUUUUAUAUAUCUAUUUCUAUCACUUGUGUUACUAAUAAUUGGCUGUCGGCUAUACUUCCAACCGGUAAAAGAAGUGUGCAGAUGCAAAACUAAACUUGAUGGAAAAGUUGCUUUAGUGACGGGAGGAAACUCUGGUAUCGGACUGGAAAUAGCCAGGGACCUGGCAAGACGAGGUGCAAGAGUGAUCAUAGCAAGCAGAGACGUCGCCAAGUCCGCAGAAGCUGUCAGGGAUAUCAUACAAUCAACAGGAAACAAUGACGUUGAGCACAGACAACUAGAUCUAAUUAAAUUUACUAAUAUUAGAAAGUUUGCUGAAGAGUUUAACAAGACGGAACAGCGACUGGAUAUUCUAGUCAACAACGCUGGCAUUGCUGGUGUCAAAAAUAAAAUUACUGAAGAUGGAUUCGACAUUAUUGCCCAAAUAAAUUUUAUCGGACCGGUUUUAUUGACAAGAUUGUUACAAGAAAAACUGGAAAAGUCAAUGCCAAGUAGAAUAGUUGUUGUAAAUUCAAUACUGCAUAGAUUGGGCAAGGUAGAUUUGAACGACAUACCGAUGAAGCAUGUGGCCAGUCAUUACGCAAGAUAUUCAAGAAGUAAGUUAUACUCUCUUCUCUGGACGAGAGCUUUAUCAAGACGACUGGUUGGUGUGACUGUUAACUCCGCACAUCCUGGUUUUGUUAAAACAAACAUAUUUCAAAGAUCUAAAUAUCUAACGAAAUUUUUAUCGCUCAGGGCAACGAAAUGGUUCUACAAAACAGCGGAGGAAGGAGCCCAAACGUGCAUUCAUUUAUGUGUAGCUCCACAAUUAGAUAGUGAAACUGGGGGCUAUUAUUCAGAAUGUAAAAUACAAGAAUUGCCGAAGGAAGCAAAGAAUAAGAAUUUGGUUGAAAAAUUGUGGGACGAAACUUUUAAAUUGAUAAAUGGUUUUUAAACGUCACUAAUUAUUUUAAGUGGUAUUCUUCUUGAGAAACAUUUGUUGCUGUUACACAAACUGGUAUUUGUUUAAUUAAUUAGUAUGCUAAUUAAUUAAUGCGUAACGCGUAGGGCAUCUUGCUGUUAAUAAUAUGAGUUGCUCAAUAUGCUCAAUUUUAUGCCUCAAAGAAAAUUUGUCUUGUUUAAAAUGUGUUUUUUCCGACUAAAAACGAACCAAUACGACUUAGAGUCCUUCAAAAAAAGAGCAUACCAAUUCCUAAAAGACCGGCAACGCACUCGCG